AUGGGUACCUAUAGAAAGCGUUUCAAUGAAAAGGCCAGAUCAGGCCAUAUGGCCAGGCUUAAAGAGCUGAAAAGGGUAAGGAAUAAACAGUUUCACAGGGAUGAAGAGAAAGAAUCAGAUCACGAAGGUAGUAAAGAAACCACACAGGCAGAUCCUAAUGCUGAAAUUUUACAACCACAGACAAGGGAUGAGAUUGAGCAGAAAAAGAGGAAAUUGGAGGAGUUAUUUGUACCCAAGGAAUCAAAAGUUUCGAGGUUAAAGAAGAAGAGAUUAGACAAAUUCAUUGAGCAUCAGUUGAAAAGAGAAGAAAGGAAAACUAUUAUUGAUAAAAUGCAGGAUUAUAAAAUGGACACAUCUGUUCUAACUAGUUCCAAAAACUUGGGUCAUGGGAAACGAACCAAGAAAGAAAUCUUUGCUGAAGCUUUAGAUCUGGAAAAACAAGGCAGAGGUAAUGAAGAAACUAAGCAGAUUCUUUACGAAGAACAUGAAGUCAAAAACUGGGAAGAAGACCACGGUGAAGAUUCUGAGAGUUCAGAGGGCUCUAAUGACGACGAGGGUUUCGAAUCCAAAUUUGGCGAUAGCACUACGAAUACCAAGUCAUCGUUCGUUGAUAAUAGGCCUGCAAAAUUUGGCGGCUCAGGAAAAGGAUUUGCCUUCUCGAACGUUCAAGUAAUCAAAAAAACUGAUUCAAAACCUUCUAAGAAAAAAUACAAUUGGAGACAAAGAAUUGAGCAACAGGAACAUAAAGCAAAAUCAAAGGAUGAUGAAAUGGACUUUGAUACCGACGAAUCAGAGGAGGAAGUUUCUUCGCAAGAAUCUAAUUCCUAUGACUCUUCCUUUGUUAGCAAUUCUGCGGAUGAAGGCUCUUUGGCAGAAGAUUCCAGUAACGAUGGGAACAACAAUGGACUUGAAGAGGAUGCAGAAGACGUAGAUGAAACCCCUGUUAGCAACGUUGCACUAGAGUUUAAAAAAUGGGCCAAUAGUGAAAUAAAAAAAAUGGAAGGCCGCGAUGUAGAGGUAACUAUGCCGGUGUUAAGUACGAAACGUGAUAAACUGGUCCGUCCGGAAGAUUUAGAAGACGGUCUUGAAACAACAUACAUCCCAGUGAAUGAAAGUUCCAAGAGGAAGGCAUUUUAUGUCCAAGUCACCAGGCCUGACAAGAUCCAAGAGAUUAGGAUGCAAUUACCGAUUCUUGCUGAAGAACAGAAGAUUAUGGAGGCCAUUCACCAUAAUGAUGUAGUCGUUAUAUGUGGUGAAACUGGUUCUGGUAAAACCACUCAAGUCCCUCAAUUUCUGUUCGAAUCAGGGUUUGGUAACGAUGCAUCGGACGAAUAUCCGGGUAUGAUUGGUAUCACACAACCUCGGAGAGUGGCAGCUGUUUCUAUGGCAAAGCGUGUCUCCCAAGAAAUGGGAGAUCAUGGACAUGAGGUUGCUUAUCAGAUACGGUUCGAUUCUUCUACCAAAGAUAAUACGAAAGUUAAAUUCAUGACCGACGGUGUACUACUGAGAGAAAUGAUGAACGAUUUCAAACUAACAAAAUACUCCUCCAUCGUUAUUGAUGAGGCACACGAAAGAAAUAUCAAUACCGAUAUAUUGAUUGGGAUGUUGAGUCGUUGUGUAAGAUUUCGUGCUAAGGAGCAUGCUGCAGAUCCAGCAAACCACAAAAGGUUGAAAUUGAUUGUGAUGUCUGCCACUUUGAGAGUAUCUGAUUUUAGUGAAAACACUACAUUGUUUUCAACUCCACCCCCAAUUCUUAAUGUAUCGGCAAGGCAGUUCCCUGUAUCCGUUCAUUUCAACCGCACAACUCCUUUCGAUUACGCCGGAGAGGCGUUUCGAAAAGCUUGUAAGAUCCACAGAAGAUUACCUCCUGGCGUUAUACUAAUAUUUAUGACGGGUCAACAAGAAAUUAUACACAUAGUGAAGAAGUUGAGAAAGGAAUUUCCAUUUCCCAAAAAAAGAAUUGUGAAUGAUGAAAUCCCGACAGUGAAAAUUAAUUCCAAGAAUGCAGAUCUUGAGGCUGAAGAUAUUGAUUUCAGCGUUCAGGUCAUUGAUGAAGAAAAAUUCAACGCCGACUUUAACAAUGAGGUUGAUGAGGAUGUUGAGUUUGAAGGAGAGGAAGGUUUUGAGGAAGCCUUAGAAGAGGGUCAAACACCGAAUGACCCACUGUAUGUGCUUCCAUUAUAUUCUCUUCUACCUACCAGUGAGCAAAUGAAGGUAUUUGAAAAGCCUCCAGCAGGAUCGAGAUUAUGUGUGGUUGCCACCAAUGUUGCGGAGACGUCGCUGACCAUUCCUGGGGUUAGAUACGUUGUUGAUUGUGGGAGGUCGAAGGAACGUAAAUAUAACGAGGAAAAUGGUGUCCAAAGUUUCGAAAUUAGCUGGGUUAGCAAAGCUAGUGCAAAUCAAAGAUCUGGUAGAGCUGGUCGUACCGGGCCCGGUCAUUGUUAUCGUUUAUUUUCCUCCGCCGUGUUUGAGCGUGACUUUAACGAAUUUUCUCGCCCUGAGAUUUUAAGAAUGCCGGUGGAAAGUGUGGUUUUGCAGAUGAAGAGUAUGGCAAUUCACAAUAUAGUUAAUUUCCCGUUCCCAACUCCGCCUGAUAGGCACAUGCUUUCUACGGCAAUUGAACUAUUGAAGUACUUGGGUGCCCUGGAUGAUAAGGAAAGGAUCACAGACGACGGUAAAAAAAUGAGUGUGUUUCCUCUUUCCCCAAGAUUCUCAAAAAUGCUGCUUGUUUCGAAUGAACAGAAUUGUCUACCGUACAUUGUUUCUAUUGUCAGUGCAUUAUCAGUUGGUGAUCCAUUUAUCAACGAAUAUGAGCUCGGUAUUCAAGAAAAAAUUCCACAGAAAAUCGAAGAUGGGGAGGAGGAGCAAGAUAAUAAAGAGUUUAGUCUAGACGAUGAGACACGCAAGAAACUCAGGGUUAAGUUUUACAAAAGUAGAGUUAAAUUUGGGAAGCUGGACAGAUAUUCCGAUAUUUUCAGAUUAUUGAGUGUUGUAAAUGCAGUGGAUUACAUUCCGAAAACUGGACUACAAAAGUUUAUCGCUGAUAAUUUCUUGAGGGGCAAAGUAAUGGAGGAGAUUACCAAAUUAAGAAAGCAAUUGACAUACAUCAUCAAAUCCAAUCUUUCUAGGGAGAGUGUUGCAGUUUCUGUAACCGACUCUGAUAUGAAAACGGAUAUCCCCAAUGAAACGCAACUGAAGCUGUUAAAGCAGAUGAUAGGUGCAGGUUUCGUCGACCGUGUUGCUAUUAGGGCGGAUAGUCUGUUCCCUGAGGACGCCGAGAUAACGAACAGGUCCUCAAUAGCAAAGAUUCCGUAUGUCCCAGUGAUGGCACAAAAGAAGAACAUUGUUGAGGAAACUUUUGUCUACAUUCACCCAACGUCUAUCUUGAACAACCUGGGCGAGCUACCACCAAAAUACAUAGUGUACAGCUCCUUGCAUCUGGGUGGGAACAGCAAGACCAGAAUGAAUGCAUUGUGCGAUAUCAAGAGCACACCAUUAGCCAACAUAGCGCGGAAGGGGCAGCUUCUGUCGUUCAGCAAACCGCUGACGGGCCAAGGGCUGAAGAUCAUUGACUUGUCGCCUACAGAACGGUACUGCUACGUGAUUCCCAGGUUUGGAAGCCCCGUCGACAGCGAUCUGAAGAUUGGGUGGGAUUUAAACCCAAUCCCAGUGCAUCAAGUGAAGGAGAACGGUCGGUGGAUUGUCGACAAAUUCAUAACCAAUAAGAGUUACAAAUCGAUGGAGAACAGUAAACGCUGA